AUGGCAGUCGCGAACGCCAGGGAGAGGUUCGAUCUCAUUCGGGAGAACCUCGCGGAAGUCCUCAACCCAGAAAUCAUUCAAGAGAUUCUCGACAAGGGGGGGCACCCAAAGAUUUACUGGGGCACUGCCACCACCGGUCGCCCUCAUUGUGGCUAUUUCGUGCCCGCCAUCAAGAUCGCCCAGUUCCUCGCCGCGGGGUGCGAUGUCAAGAUUCUCUUCGCCGACAUUCAUGCAAUCCUCGACAACUUGAAAGCCCCUAGGGAGCUUGUCGAGCAGCGCGUCCGCUUCUACGAGUAUGUCAUCACCGCUAUGCUGGAAGCUAUCGGCGUGUCGACCGAGAAAUUGCGGUUCGUCAAGGGGAGCUCUUACCAGUUGAAGUCUGAUUAUGUCAUGGACAUGCUCAGUCUGUCAGCGUUGGUUUCAGAGCACGACGUCAAGAAGGCCGGCUCCGAGAUUGUCAAGCAGACUGCCAACCCCCCUGCCAGCUGUACAUUGUAUCCUAUUCUGCAGGUGCUGGACGAGCAGUACCUGGAUGUUGACGCGCAGUUUGGCGGUAUGGACCAGAGAAAACUGUUCACGGCGGCCAAGAAGUGGCUACCCAAGCUCAAUUACAAGGAACGUGCACAUUUGCUCAACCCCAUGGUACCUGGUCUUCAUGGCGGCAAGAUGAGCUCGAGCGAUCAAGGUGAGCACUCGACCCAGCCGCGUACGCCCAGUCCACCACGAGCUUACAAGAACACAGAUAGCAAGAUUGAUCUUCUGGACCCCCCAGAAGUUGUCGCCAAGAAGAUCCAGAAAGCCGUUGCUCUGCCACGGGUUGUUGACGAAAACGGUGUGCUUUCGUUUGUUGAGUUCGUACUGUUGCCAGCCUCUGGUCUAAAGGGUGAAAAGAGAUCGUUUACGGUAGCCCGUGAGCAAGAUGGCCUGGAACCUCUGGUUUACGACAAUAUUGCUCAGAUACAGGACGACUACAGAAAUGACGUGCUUACCCCGCAAAUACUGAAACCCGCGGUCGCCAAGGCUCUGAACCAGCUUCUUGCCCCCAUACAGGAGGCUUUCCAGAAUUCCAAGGACUGGCAGGACGCUGCUGUCAAGGCUUACCCGCCGCCAGUGAAGGAGAAGAAGGUCAGGAACAAGGGCUCACGCUACCCUGGUAAGACUUCGGGUGCUGCCGGUGAUGCCGCUGUUCAGGCCGAUGGGAUUGUCCGUGGAGAGGUGGAUAGCGUUGCGGCUGCGGCUGCAGUUGAAAAGUUGAGCGUGUGA